ACUCCAGUGAAGAAAGCAGUGAAGAAGCCAAAGACCCCGGCAGCUCAUCCAAAGUACAGCGACAUGGUGGCCACUGCAGUGGGAAGUCUGAAGGAACGUGGAGGCUCGUCCCGUCAGGCAAUACUGAAAUACAUCAUGGCUAACUUCAAAGUGGGAUCCGACGCUAAGGCUAUCAACGCACACCUGAAGAUCGCCCUCCGGAACGGCGUGAAGAAAGGAGCCCUGAAACAGUCGAAAGGAACCGGAGCUGCUGGAUCAUUCAAGCUCGGAGAGAAACCUAAACCCGCCAAAAAACCAGCCGCUAAGAAAGUGGUUAAGCCGAAAGCAGCAAAACCUAAGAAACCGGCGGCGAAGAAAGCGACUACGUCGGCGACGGCUAAGAAACCAAAGGCAAAGACACCCAAGAAAGCAGCUACCAAGAAAACCACGGAGAAGAAACCAUCCAAGAAAACUACCAAGCCCAAGACCCCUAAGAAAAAGGCUAUCAAGUCUCCGAAGAAAGCUGCACGUAAGAGUGCACCAGCCACCGGAGGAGUGAAGAAACCUCACAGGUACAGGCCUGGAACAGUCGCUCUCCGAGAAAUCCGUAGGUACCAGAAGAGCACCGAGCUCCUCAUCAGGAAACUGCCAUUCCAGCGUCUUGUCCGUGAAAUCGCCCAAGAUUUCAAGACCGACUUGAGGUUCCAGAGCUCUGCUGUUAUGGCUCUGCAGGAAGCCAGCGAAGCUUACUUGGUUGGACUUUUCGAGGACACCAACUUGUGCGCCAUCCACGCCAAACGUGUCACCAUUAUGCCCAAGGAUAUCCAGCUUGCCCGCCGUAUCCGAGGAGAACGUGCUUAA